AUGGAUCAGCUUGUUUCGCACUUUAUCGGUCAAAUUACUGCAGCCGGCAUUGUCUUCGGUACCAAUGGCAUAUUGUCCGAUUGGGGUUGGCGAAUCCCGUCACUCCUCCAGAUCGCUCCCCCGAUGAUUCAGCUCUGCUUUGUCUUUUUCGUGCCUGAAAGCCCAAGAUGGCUUGUCGCCAAAGACCGCAGCCAAGAGGCCUUAGAGACACUAGUCAAAUUCCACGCAGAGGGACAAGAAUCUGACUUUGUCAAGGCAGAAAUGGCACAGAUCCAGUCAACGUUACGUAUCGAGAUGCAAAACACCAAGAGAUCAUGGCUUGACCUUGGCGCAACUUCAGGCAUGCGAAGACGUUUGCUGACGACCUGUAUGUUAGGCCUGUUCACGCAGUGGUCUGGAUCGACUCUUAUUUCAUACUACCUCGGUGACCUGCUGCAGAUCACAGGCAAUAAUUCUUCCUAUUUCAAGCAGACUAUCAACGUUAGCUUGUCUUGCUGGAGUCUUGUAUGCUCGUUCACAGCGUCAAUGCUCGUUCGUCGGUUCAAACGUCGACAUAUGUACCUAGCCUGUACCACUAGUUUGCUCAUCUGCUUUUCUAGCUACACCAUUAGCAUGGAGAGGACAAUUACAGCGAAGCAGAACGGGGGAUCAAACGAUGCUGCUAGUGUGGCUAGUAUUUUCCUAUUAUUCGCUUAUUCACCCUGUUACUGUCUUGCCCUCAAUACAGUUACAUACACAUACCUUGUUGAGAUCUGGCCCUAUGCUGAGAGGUCUCGUGGUAUAGCUGUUUUCCAGCUCUUUGCGCGCUCUGCAGAGUUUCUCACCACCUUUGUCAAUCCAAUUGGUCUUGCAAAUCUAAGCUGGCGGUAUUUCAUCAUUUACUGUUGCAUUCUUGCUUAUGAAGUUGUUUUUGUAUACUUUUUCUUUCCAGAGACUGCUGGUAAAACGCUUGAGGAAGCGACAUUCUUAUGUGCAACAGUAUUUGAAGAAGAGAAGUCAUUAGCUGCAGAGACAAUACUUGCAGUAGAGAACUCAACUGCUACAGAGCUUAUGGCAAGGGACUCUAUUGAGCGCAGAAAUGCAGGAUCUGGGACAAAGCGAUUAGCGUAA